UCUCCGGUGGCAGCAGGAGCCGGAAGCGCGGGGCCGGAAAGGGAUGACGGCGGCGGCCUCUCUAGGCCGUCAUGUCUAUGGUCGCAGCCAUGGCAACCACCGCCGGCACCGCCCGGCAGGCUGCGCCAGCCCCGCCGAGCCGAGCCCCUGCGGUCGGGACCGGAGCGGCAGGGAGGGAGCCCGGCCGGCUGUGGGCGCGGAUGAGCGCGCCCGGGAGACGCUGCUCCGUGCCAUGGCAGGGGCUCUGCCCGAAGCCACAGUGAGGAGGAAGAAAAGCAUAACUAUCGAGGAGAAAAUCGACAUCAUAAGCGCGGUGGAGAGCGGCGAGAAAAAGGCGGAGAUUGCAGCCAAGUAUGGCAUCAAGAGGAACUCCCUGUCUUCGAUUAUGAAGAAUAAGGAAAAAGUUUUGGAAGCCUUUGAAACUUUGCGGUUUGAUCCUAAAAGGAAAAGACUGAGGACUGCUUUUUAUGCCGACCUGGAGGAAGCGUUGAUGAAGUGGUACAGAAUUGCACAGUGCCUGAAUGUGCCGGUCAGUGGCCCCAUGUUGCGCCUCAAGGCGAAUGAUUUUGCCCAGAAGCUUGGACACAGUGAUUUUAAAUGCAGCAAUGGCUGGCUCGAUCGAUUCAAGUCGAGGUACGGUUUAGUUUUCAGAGCUCAGCCUGUAGAAGCAGCUGCUACUCCUGCAGUGGGUGCUCCAACUCUUUGGUACCAAAAUGUACUUCCUUGUUAUUUAAAUGAUUAUCAGCCAAAAAAUGUGUUUCACAUACAGGAGACUGGGUUGUUGUAUCAGAUGUUACCACCUAACACGUUUACAUUUAAAGGGGAAACUUUUUCUGUAGGCAAAGAAAGCAAAGAGAGCAUCACUGUAGUGGUGGGUACAAAUAUGGAUGGCUCUGAGAAACUCCCACUGCUCAUUAUAGGAAAAAGCAAAAGUUCACACUCUUUCAAAGAUGUGAAAUCGCUGCCAGUGGAUUAUGAAGAAAAUGAUAGGGCAUGCAUGACUUCAGGAAUCUUUGAACAGUGGAUGCACAAACUUGAUCAUGGAUUUCAAGCACAGGAGCGCCGAGUGGUUAUUCUUGUUGAUUCUCUCCCAGCUCACACAGAAGUAAAGAACCUGAAGUCUGUCAAAUUAGUGUUCCUUCCUCCAGACUCUUCUUCAUGUAUAGCUAUGAAAGAAAGGAUUAUCAGAAGUCUGAAGGUAAAAUACAGGCACUGUCUUAUCAAGAGAUUUGUUGACUGUGUAGAAAGUAAUAAAGAGUUUAUGCUGACCCUUCUUGGUGCAAUUGAGAUGCUGUACCUGUGCUGGAGGAAAGUAACACCAGAGACUAUUGCAAAAAGUUGCAAUGGAGCAACUUUCAAAUUAGAAACUGAGACAAAUGAAAAUAACAGUGAAGUUGAAAGUGAUUUGGAUUUGAUUGCACAUGCACGGGCAGCUGGAGUAGAGUUUCCAGAAGGUUUGUCUCUGGAAGAAUAUGCAGCUAUAGAUGAUGGCUUGGUCACUUAUGAAGUGCCCACAAAUAAUGAAAGAAUGUGUGCCAAAGAAAGUGCAUCAGAUAAAGCUGAGACAUUUGUUGGUGAUGAAGAUAAGGAUGAAGAUGAUCAACUUCAGGGAGCUGAACAGCUUUUACCAUCCAAAAAUGAGGCUUUGAGUGCUUUGGAUACCCUUCGAAAGUUUCUCAGAAGUCAGGACACAGAUGAUUCUCUUUAUGAUUCCCUAGCUGACUUGGAGAAUUUUAUUCAACAUAUAGCAUGUGAAUAAAUAUUUUAGCAAAGUGGGAAAGCAUGUAAUUGGAAAAAAAUUAUAUAAUCAAAGAUAGUUUAAAAACAAGCAUUGCUGAACUGUUCUCUGGUAUGUUUUGCUCAGGUGCCUAGAUGAACAUAACAAAACUAUGAAAAAAGGGCUAUGAACUGAAAUUUUCCACAAAAUCAGGAGCAAAUAGCAUAUAUUUGAGGUGAAGAGAGGGAGUAAGCUGAACCCUUAAAAUGCUAACUUUAUUUAGUACAGUGGAGGCAAAAGAAAUUCUUUGAGCAGUUUGGUGCACUCAGGAUAAAUUGUUGACCACUUGGAAUUCUUUCUUCAAGAGACUAGCACUUCAACACAUCAAUAAUUUCACUGGUGUUUUUGGAGUUUUGACAGUGGAGUCAUAAAUAUUUAUCCCUUUGGUGCUUUUGAUACAUAAACACAAAAUUGAAUAACACAGAAAAUACAUGUUUAAAUUCUGAGAAGUAAGGCAUUUUAAAAAGAAAUAUUUUUUGCCCUUUAUCAAGAAUUCUGGCCAUCUUUACUCAUGCAGCAGAUGAUGAACAGCAGAAAGUUACCACAGCUUUGAAUGUGCUGUUUUGUUUUCUUAAAACUGCUCAUGUGUGGAUACACUCAAAUGGCAUAAUCAUUUAUCCAAGAGUCAAAAGACAAACAAACCUUUACUUCAAAAAGGAAAGUCAUUCUCUCCUUUUCAGCCUUUUUGGUGCAUAGAUUUGAUGUAGGUUUUUUUGUGCUACUCCAUGUAUUUCUACAGGAAUUAAACCCCAGUAUCUGGAGUAAAAAAGCUCACUGAGCUCUUGUUUUAUUUUCAGUACUUGGAGGCUUUGCUGUAGGAUUCAAUGCACUAAUGUGGUUUAUCACUACAAGUGCCGUUACCAAGGGUGCUGUUUGCAUGACUGCAGUGUGAAGUUGUGUAAAUCACAGGACAUUUACAUGUCUUUGAGUAUGCAUUUCAAACAAGGUAAUCAUAUCAGAGCCAAAAGCCACAGUGUAUAUGACCUUCUGGCUUUUUUCAAAACCUGUUUUAAAUCUUUUCCAUAUCUAUAAAUUGAAUUUUUUUUUCGAAAUUUGGAGAUAAUAAUUUUUCUAAUUUAGAGGCCCUUUAGGAAGCCUGUGUAAUAAAAAAAUCUAUUAUGCUGCCUAAAAUUAAACCAUGAGAAAAAAAUCUCAUGCAUAUGUGAAUCUUCAGUCUUAAAUAAAUAGUUUGGCUAUAGCUUUGUUUACUGUUUUGGUUUUUUUUUUUCUGGUGUAGGACAGUUUAUCCAUUUUCAUUGUUGUGAAAUCAUUUCAGAAAAUGUAUCAGAUUGUUGGAAGACAGUGAAAAUAUUAGAGUUGGUGAGAAAAAGCUUUUGGCUGUAAGAACAUUUUACUAG